AUGCCCAUGUUCCAGGAGCACUUGGAGCAGGUCGACCCUGCUCCAGACCCAAGACACGCCGGGCAUUCUGACCCCAUCCCAAUACGCUCCCCGACCAACCUUCCCCUUUCCCGGAAGCUCUCAGAAGAGAGCAUCCGAACGGAGCUCUGUGAUGGCCCAAUUCCCGACAGUCCGACGAAGCCAGAAACACCGGAUCAAGAUUCAAACACGGUUUCUGACCGAGCCGAGCUAAUCGAGCGACUGAAGAGAGGGGAGAGCCCGACAUGGAUCCCCAACCGCCAUCUCGAGUCUCUCUUCCACAACGGCGGGCCCCGUUCUCCCACUCGGAGUCCUCGACAACCAACGGCUACCUCGCCGACCCUCCUGCCGCCGGCAACCAUCACUCCCGAGAAAGCAGACGCUAGGAAGCAGGACUCCGAAGCAGACGAGAGGUUACAGGAGGGACUUGAUAUCGAGAGGCCAAGAUCUGCUCUACACCGGGGGGAUUUCACGCAUAAUGAGUCGUGUCUAGACGACGGCGUUGCUCAGGACUCAAGCCAGAGGAACGGGGCGGGGAACUACCGGUCAGGGAGCAGUUUGUGGCUCGCUACUUCGCCCCCGCGACAUUUUACACCGUUCGACUUCGAGCGGAGACACGCGGCGCCAGGGAGGACCGAGGGAUUCGUGUCGGGCACCUCGUCCUUGUCUUCGUCCUUAUCGCAGAGCUUCGCUUACAAGGCCCCGACAAGCCCUCUGGUCCAGUCCGAGAGCAACGAUGAGAUAGACCUGUCGCUUCCCAUGAACAAUAUUGACAUUGCCACGAAUAGCGCCCAGAACGCCCGCCGGCAUACCCUGAAUUUCUUGAACUCGACACCAUUUGUAAGCCCUGCGUCAAACCGGCAGAGCCCCCUUCGAAGAGAAGGCUCCUACGCCUACCAGGCCCACCAGCCUCGCCGAUCCCUCACCUCUACUCCCAACUUUUCCCUGACCGGUUCCUCGCCACAAACACCCGCCUUUCUCCGCUCGAGGCACCCCUCCUUCAGCUCCGACGCCUCGCCGCUGCAACACGCCUCCAUGGUUGGCUCGUACGAGGAGAGCAUACUCCGGGGCCGCAUGUCUACCACCCCAUCCAAGCCCCUAGAUUUCAUGGCCCAGAUCGGCGUCUUGGGCUUGGGCAAGUGCAAGGCGAGCCUAAGGUGUCCCGCACAUGUGACCCUGCCCUUCUCGGCCGUGUUCUACAGCUACGCCAGCACGUCCCAUGGCAGGACCAAGAUGGAGGAAGGGCCGAGCCCGUACGUGGGCCAGAUAGACCUCGAGAACGGCCUGCCAAACCCGGAGGACGAUCAGCGGGCGAAACGGAAAAUGCAGAGCCGAUACCCCGAAAGAAGGCCCGAAGACACCGACAUGCACCUGGAAGAGAGCAUGCUGGACGGGCCGGAGGCGGACCCUCGUACGGCAGCCAGGCAUAAGCGGCGCUCGAGGUCGCCCAAGGCACCGCCGGGGGGCCGGUAUCGCAUACCCGAGAAGGGCCAGCUGCAGAUCAUCAUCAAGAACCAGAACAAGACGGCGGUCAAGCUGUUCCUCGUGCCCUAUGACUUGGCGGGCAUGGAGCCAGGGACCAAGACGUUCAUCCGGCAGCGCAGCUACUCCUCCGGCACCAUCAUCGACAACGUACCCGACCUCGGGGACUCAGGCACGGCGGCGGCGGCGGCGGCGGCGGACCGCCCCAUCCUGCGGUACCUCGUCCACCUGCACAUCUGCUCGCCUGCCAGGGGCCGCUUCUACAUAUACAAGAGCAUCCGGGUGGUGUUUGCGAACCGCGUCCCGGACGGCAAGGAGCGGCUCCGCAACGAGGUCACCUACCCGGAGCCGCGGUUCGCCCCCUACAAACCCGUCCGCGUCAUGCUCCCGCCCGCCACGGCCGGGCCCCAGCCUGGCGGGCCCGGCGCCAUGCUCGCCGCCGAGAAGGCCUUCAGGAGGCGGUCGUCGGGCUUCUCGUUCGGCCACCACCACCUCCACCACGCGUACCCGUACCCGUAUCCGCACUCGCACCAGCACCAACAUCCCCAUCUCGCCCCCUUCAGCGGCGGUUCCGGCUACGGCUCCGGCCCCAGCCCCAGCCCCGCCGCUGCAACGUCGCCGCUCUUCGGCUUCCCCGGCGGCGGCGGCGGUCCAGGCGACGCCCCCGUCGAGCCCAUCCCCUGCGCCCUCUCCCGAACCCGCCGCCUGCAGAGCGACGCGAGCAGCGAAAGCGACGCCCCCGGCGCGAGCCUAUAUGCCCCCCCGCAGACGACCCCGUCGUCCCCGGCCCUGUCGCAGACCCAGACGAGCAGGUCCGCGACGGGCGGCGGCGGCGGCGGCGGCUACGGCAAGCUCAGCAGGGGCGACGUCGGGUACGGCGGCAACGCGUUCGCGCCGUGCCUCUCGUCGACGACGCCGUCGUCGUCGUCGUCGUUUUCGCCGCCUUCCGCCGAUGGGGCCGUCGCCGCCACUGAGGGGCUGCUUUCGAAGAGGUUGCGGUCGCUUGGGGUGCAGGGGCGGCCUGUGGGGGAAGGGGGAGGAGGAGUUGAGAUGAGAUGA